AGAUCACAAGUGAUUACAUGUGAGCUUUGGAGGUUUAACCUGACAUAAAAGCCUCGAGAGGCCAAUACACACCUCCAGCACAAAACGCUGUUGAUACAGAGUUAAAUGGGGCUUAUUGGAUAAAUGUUCCACUGGAGCGACUAAAUUAGUAUAAAUAUUCCAGGUGAAAGCAGCCGACGUGGCCUGUGUUCGCCUUUAUAAUCUCUCGACACUUUCACUUGACAUUAUCAGGGGGGUAAUGAGGAAGAAAAGGGACUUUGCUCACGUCGUGUGCAAAGUCUUGUGAUGCAGCUUCGGACUGUCGCAGAGAACAGACACUGGUUGACAUCUGCAAGUGAAAGAGUCGUUUGCGACGUGUGACGUAAUUUAUCAUGGACUGGAAGAACAACCUGAGACGCACCCAGUCCCAGAAGAGUGUCACCUCGUCACGGGACAAGCCCACCAGGACGGACACAGCAGGACAGUGGGACAAGAAAGUGUCCGUGUCCCAACGAGUUUCUCGGUAUCAAACUGUGGUGAAAGUGACCUCAUCUGUUCAAGCAGCUGCAGUCAAUAAUGAUGACGUCAUACCAAAGCCAAGGGUGCAAAAAGAGAUUACACCAUCUCUUCUGGAGAGUACAGAGAUUAAUCUGCCGAGGGAACAAUCUCAAGUCUCCCAAGAAUCUCCCAGACCCAGUUUAAUGCGCGCCAAGUCAAUGGGGGGCCUUCAGAGCAGCCCCAGCUCCAUCAAGGAUCUGAAAGCUCGGUUUGAGCUCAAGUCUGUCACAAACAGCCGAGCUGCAGAUUUUACAUCCUCAGCAGACGUCACGCCGGUGAUGAACGGAAAUGUCGAGGAGGGGAAACGGCUCAUCGAGGUGCAGAAGACACACGUACCUGCCGGCGUGCCACUUAAAGCUGCUAAAACUGAUGCUAAAGAAGAUCACGUGACCAAGAAGAUUACACCAUCUCUUCUGGAGAGUACAGAGAUUAAUCUGCCGAGGGAACAAUCUCAAGUCUCCCAAGAAUCUCCCAGACCCAGUUUAAUGCGCGCCAAGUCAAUGGGGAGCCUUCAGAGCAGCCCCGGCUCCAUCAAGGAUCUGAAAGCUCGGUUUGAGCUCAAGUCUGUCACAAACAGCCGAGCUGCAGAUUUUACAUCCUCAGCAGACGUCACGCCAGUGAUGAACGGACAUGUCGAGGAGGGGAAACGGCUCAUCGAGGUGCAGAAGACACACGUACCUGCCGGCGUGCCACUUAAAGCUGCUAAAACUGAUGCUAAAGAGGAUCACGUGACCAAGAAGAUUACACCACCUCUUCUGGAGAGUAAAGCGAUUAAUCUGCCGUCUCCGACAAGAAGACAUGAGGAGAGGGAACAAUCUCAAGUCUCCCAAGAAUCUCCCAGGCCCAGUUUAAUGCGCGCCAAGUCAAUGGGGAGCCUUCAGAGCAGCCCCGGCUCCAUCAAGGAUCUGAAAGCUCGGUUUGAGCUCAAGUCUGUCACAAACAGCCGAGCUGCAGAUUUUACAUCCUCAGCAGACGUCACGCAGGUGAUGAACGGACAUGUCGAGGAGGGGAAACGGCUCAUCGAGGUGCAGAAGACACACGUACCUGCCGGCGUGCCACUUAAAGCUGCUAAAACUGAUGCUAAAGAGGAUCACGUGACCAAGAAGAUUGUGAAAAAGCCCAACAUCGUGAGGAGAAAAACAAUCGGGGGGAUUGACUUUGAGGAAAUUGCAGCCUCUGAAGCUAAUGAUAAGAGGAGGUCAAUUGCAGAUUUGAGAGACAGCUCCUUUGUCCAAAACAAGGAGGCACUCUGUGUUUCAGUCAAAGAGUUGUCUGCCCUCUAUCUGUCAAUGGUGGCACCAAAGGAAGCAACACAGAGCUUAAAACUGGCACAUCAGUCAACUGAAUCUGGAAAAAGAGCUAAAAUAUUCAAGUUUCAAGCGACUUGUCAGGAGACGUGCUAUGCCUGCCUGAAGCCGGUUUAUCCCAUGGAAAAAAUAACGGCAGAAAAAUACAUUUUUCACAAAACGUGCUUCAUUUGUAAACAGUGCAAGAAAAAGUUAAGCAUGCAAAAUUACACACCUUUACACGGGGAGUUCUACUGCAUAUUUCAUUACCAACAACUGUUCAGAAAGAAAGGGAACUACGACGAGGGCUUUGGAUUUGCUCAACACAAGAACCAGUGGCUCCUGAAGAAAACUCCCAACGUGGUACGCGGCGAACUGGAAGCAUAAAUGCACACUGUAAAUCCAAUGAAACGGCGACCAUGACAAUAAAACACAAAUCUAUUUGAUUUUUUAAAAGAUAUUUGGAGGACCAUGUAAUGAAUCAUCAUUGUUUGUUUAGUUUUGUAUUUUAGUGUGGUUAUGACGACCAAUUAGAGUCAUUUCGCUCAUGGGCUGAUCUUCUACAACAGAUAUAUGAAAUAAUUAAUCAACCAAUCGGAAAAACCAUUUUGAUUCAACCAGCAGAUUGUUUUGUGAUAUAUAUUCAACUGUGUAAUGUAAUAUCAACAAAAAUCAUACAAUAGUUAAAGACGGUAAUAAAUAGUAGCAUUUUUGUGACAUCAACAACCACUGUUUAUUUUCAUACAUGUCGGUAUAAUUUUGGUUGGUCUCUGUGCAUUUUAGAGAAAAGCAUAAUAUUGGUUUAGCCUUUUUGUCUGAUCAGGUUCACGCUUCAGCAUUUUAUAAUUUCCCGUUUAUAACCUGAGCAAUGGUAAAUGUGAAUUUAAGAGUAAAACCACCAACAACCUCAACCUAAUUACAGACUGUCAACAAUAAUAAUAUUACUAUGUCAGAUACACACAAUGAAAUAAAAAAAAUAAAAAGUAUAAAACA